UUUGCAAAAUGCUAUCCAAAGUAAUUGGAACAUUGCCAACAACUACAACUAUGGCAGCAAGAUCCUUAUCCAUAGCUCGCAUCCCCAGGCAUAAACUCAGACGGGUUUUCACUCCUUUGUCAUUUUCUUCUUCAGCAUCCGAAGCAAGAAAGCUGGUUCUCUACUCAAAGCCUGGUUGCUGUCUAUGCGAUGGCCUCAAAGAAAAACUCCACGCCGCCUUCUCACUGUCUGGCCCAGAUUCCCUACAUGACAUCGUUUUACAGGUGAGGGAUAUUACCAGCAAUCCUGAGUGGGAGAAGGCAUACCAAUAUGAGAUACCCGUUUUAGCCAAAGUACUCUCUGAUGGCACUGAGAUUCUGAGUGAUGCAGAUUCCCUUCUGCAUUAACAAAGCAUCACAACUUCCAAUCAUGUUCAUCCUGUGCACAGGAAAUACUGCCUAGAUUAUCUCCUCGACUUGGGCCGGAGCUUGUCCAAAAGAAGAUAGCAGCUGCUUUUAGACAGUAAUAGUCUGUAAUUUUUGGUUAUAUGAUGGAUAUUGAAGCUCAUGUAGAACAAGUAGGGAAAAGGAUUUUGAUUUAGAUUGUCAUUUAACUAAGUUUGACUAGGUCCAUCAAAAAUCUUGUCAUCAUCACUGACACUGUGAUUUCCUCUGAUAAACAAAAAUUUCAUUUCAUUUCUUCUAUAUUAUU